AGAGGAGGCGACAGAGGGGGGGAGCUGAGACCGAGAGGGAGGCUAAGUGACAGAGAGUGUGUGUCGGUGUGUGACAGAGAGACGGGCAGCGGGCAUGCUGUCGGACCGCUGACUCACUUUCUCCCACCCUACUUUUGUGUAACGGUGGUGGGAGUCGGACCGGAGCGGCGGCCCGGGGCCCCGAGCAGGAGCCCGGAUCAGGAGCCCGGAGGAGGGAGCAGGAGCUCGGAGGAGGAGCCCGGAGCAGGAGCAGGAGCCGCGCAGUGACGCGCCUCGCAGGCAGAGGAGAGGGAUCAUGGGCUCCGCGUCCUCCUCCUACCGGGUGAUUUACCUGGACGUGGACGGCAGGAUUCAGAAGGUGGUGUUCAGUAGAUUCUGCAGCCCAUGUGACAUCAAGGAACUGUUCUGUACAGCCUUGGGUGUGCCAAGGAACACAAACCUGUCCCUGAUGGAUCCCACUGGAGCCCUGGUGUCCAUCGACCCCACCAUGCCACACAACACAGAGAGGUCACCGUACCGGGUGGUACCUUUGACUGGAGGACAACUUGCUGAUAAAGAGGAACUCUUUCAGAAUGUACUGACGCAGGUGGCAGAACAGUUCUCAAGGGCAUUCAAGAUCAACGAGCUGAAGACCGAGGUCACCAACCGUCUGGCCAUGCUGGAGAAAAGAGUGGAACUGGAGGGGAUGAAGGUGGUGGAGAUUGAGAAAUGUCGCAACGACAUUAAGAAGCUCCGUGAGGAGAUGGCAUCAAGAAACAACAGUAACUUCCUGGAAGACAACAAGAAGCUGACUCCACGCAGAGAUGUGCCCUCCUACCCAAAGUACCAUCUGUCUAAGGAGACAGUAGAAGCUCUUAGAUUGCCUACAUUCGAUGCUUGGCAGUGGGAGCCUAAUGAGAUGCUCAGCUGUCUGGAGCACAUGUACCAUGACCUGGGCCUGGUGCGAGACUUCAACAUCAACCCCAUCACUCUCAAGAGAUGGCUGCUUUGUAUUCAUGACAACUACAAGAGCAACCCCUUCCACAACUUCCGCCACUGCUUCUGUGUGACCCAGAUGAUGUACAGCAUGAUCUGCCUCUGCAGCCUGCAGGAGAGGUUUACUCAGGUCGAUGUUUUGAUUCUUAUGACAGCUGCUGUGUGUCAUGAUCUCGAUCACCCCGGGUUCAACAACACGUAUCAAGUAAAUGCCAGAACAGACCUGGCAGUCCGCUACAACGACAUAUCCCCCCUGGAGAACCAUCACUGUGCUGUGGCCUUCCAGAUCUUCUCUCAGCCCGACUGCAACAUCUUCUCCACGUUUGACCCUGAGUCCUUCAAGCAGAUACGACAAGGCACCAUCACGCUGAUCCUGGCCACAGACAUGGCCCGACACGGUGAGAUCCUGGAUUCCUUCAAGCAGAAAGUCGACAAUUUCGACUACACAGACGAGGAGCACUCCACCUGUCUGAAGAUGGUGCUCAUAAAGUGCUGCGACAUCUCCAACGAGGUGCGGCCCAUGGAGGUGGCUGAGCCCUGGGUGGACUGCCUGCUGGAGGAGUACUUCAUGCAGAGUGACAGGGAGAAGGCUGAAGGGCUUCCUGUGGCUCCGUUCAUGGACAGAGAGAAGGUCACCAAGCCCACGGCUCAGAUUGGUUUCAUCAAGUUCGUGCUCAUCCCCAUGUUUGAGACAGUGAUGAAGCUGUUCCCACAGAUUGAGGAGACGAUGGUACAGCCACUCAGAGAGUCAAGAGACCGGUAUGAAGAACUCAAACAGAUUGAUGACGCCAUGAAUGAGGUGCAGAAAAUGAAAAGUGAGAACUUGACCAUGGGAGGGAAGAAGAAGUAAGAGGUUUUAAAAAGUGAGUGGGCAGACCCCUCGCUCCGUCAUGGCUGCAGGCUCUGGUCCCGGCGCUGCAGGAGGACGUGAUGGAGAGGAUCUGAGACAGCAGCUGUGAGACAACGUUACAAACCAGCAGGGACUCCACGACCGGACUGACAAUCCAAAGCCUUUUCAGGAAGUGUCCACAUUUGUACAGCACAGACUACUUAAGUGAACUAUAUUUAGAUACAUUUCUUGCAUUGUUUUUUAUUUGAAAUGUGUUGUUUUUUACAGAUUGUACAGAUUUUUAGUGACCCUUGUUCUUUCCUACAAAAAUUAAAUGGAUUUCUUUAAUUACAAAAUCCUGUGUGGACUGUAAGUGUCUCUGCUUAUUGUUUUUCACAAAUACUUAUCUAGGCGUUUAGACCUUUUCUGAACUCCUUACACACAUAUAUAUACACACUAUAAAAUGAUGUCAUGGUAAUGUAUCAAGUUCUAUGUAUUUACAUUUUGGCAGAUUUGAAACCACACACACACAGAGACACACAGACGCACACACAAACAAUGGAUUACUUAAAAGAUUGAACUCAUUCACUCAGUGAGACUAAUGCACCAGCGAUUACAAGGGCUAUCAUAAGGUGCUUUGGACAAAAGCUAAAUGAACACCGGUUCAACUGGAUUCACUCCUCCUGCAGCUCGGCAUCUCUCAGCUCUUUGUUUGGGUUUCACAGAACACAACGUUUGAUUCCCCGGUUCAAACGGAAACUGUUCACUGAAGACUGACUUAUACUGCACUACCUGCUCAGCAGAAAACACACAGUCACCAGCUGUGUGUGUGUUUGAGACCAACUGGUAAACAGAGUGGAGCAGCUAAAGAGACACCCAUUACCCCCAGGAGAUGGUGGAGACCAAAACUGAGCUAAAAGGAGAAUAACUAUUGGACCUACAUUCAUCAGUUCAGUGUUGUAGUCAAGUCAGUUCCGAGUCCAAGUCACAAGUCUGAGUCAUCAUGUAUUAAUCUGAGUGGAUAUAUUUGCUGUUGGUCACAAAACGUGUUCAAGUCCGAGUCCAAGUCCAAUCGUCAAUAUAAGAGUCCAAGUCCUCAUGCGCGAGACCGAGUCGCAGGCCCGGACUGGCCAACAGAAGCACUGGGUGGUUUCCCUAUGGUCUGGCGGCUGGCCCGUUAAGUGGCCUGAGGAUUUUUUAGUAUUGUGAACGCAACGCUGCCCAAAUGUGGGUCUGCCUCAAACAGGUAGACCGGCAUCAUGUAGACACACGACAUGGCCACUGUCAUACCGAUCAUACAUUAAAGCCCUGAUGGGUCUCUGUGUCAUUCAAGCUCGGCUGCAUGUGUGCAUGUGCAAAU